CCCGGCUGAAGAAAUACUUUGAGCUUUUCUACUGAUAUAUCCACGUCGACCGCUUGAGCGAAAUCCUACCGACCAGAGUCCUAGCUUCUUGUAACAGGACACCUAAGCUCUAUCCACACUCACUCCCUUUCGUUCAUCUCGCUCGACACGCUUGUUUCGACGGGGUUCUACCAACUUGACCUGAGUUCUUAAGCUCUGAGAAGCACAGAAAGACCGUUAUUCUUAUUUAGCAUCUGGGUCGGAUAGCGAUUUUGAAGCUCUCCAAACGCCCAAGAUGGGCUUCACAACAGGCUUUCUGGGUGGUGCGACACUAACAUACUCUCUUCUCUACCUCUCUCUAUACUUUCACCGCGCAAACCGCAAUGUUCAACGCACACUCUUGUCCCAACAAGCCGCGCUACUAAACUCCGUGGUUGAACCCGCGCCGCCACUGCCCGAGCCUCCGGCGUACGAAGUCCGCAGAGCUGGGCUGAUGGAAGAGCUCAAGGAUAGGUGGAACAGAGAGGUGGCGAGGCUAGUCAAGAAUGUGGAGGAAACUGAUUGGUCAGGCGUGAGGGAAGGAGUCGAAGAGAAGGUGGGCAAUGUCUGGACAAGAAUGAGGCAAUCGCAGACGGGUAAGGAGGUCGAAGAUAAGAUGAAGGAGGCGGUCGAUGCUGGAAAGGAGAAGGUGGACGAGAUGGUGGGUGCUGGAAAACAAAAAGUCAAGGAGGAGACGGCACAGGAACCGACAAGGCUGCUCGAGUUGAAAUGAGGUUGCGGCCUUUGUCGAAGCAGCAUAUUCCCUUUUCUUAAUAUGAACGGUCUUGUCUCCUCCACCCCGAAACUGUGGCAAUCAGAGCGACCUAGCGGAGAAGCCACAAUUUGCACGCGGCACCGGGACAGCUUCCAACUACCUUUUCGGCCGCUGAAGUUUUUCAACGGGCUCAACUAUAUCGUCCUGCUCUCGACGACGGCUUGACCUUCUUCGCCAACAAGGUAUCCGAUCGCCAGCAACAUUUUGAGUGCUGAGCAAUCCACCGCGCCCAGUCAAUUCUCUCGUCCGUCUGACGAGGUUGGCGAUUAGCUUGUUCAAGGUGAGGUCAAAGAGCAUGGUGCUUCUUUCCUGGCUAAGGCCCGUCCCCGUCGACUUGCGACAUCCAGCUGGUAUUAUCAGGCUACCAAAUCUCACAGAGAAAGGACGAAGGCGUCUUGAAGGGCUCCAUUUUUGGACACAGGGUCGUUUUAGACAAAUAGUCCAAGCUCCUUCCUGUCUCACGUCUCCCUACCAAUAUGAAAGCUGCGUCGCACGCACCUUUGGCUGGACAGCAAUCGCGGAUUCGUGUCUCUUGCAGUAUGAGUAAGGGAAAGAAGAAAGCAAACGCGGACGGGGCGGGACAAGAUUUCGCAAGAAGAGGAGAGUGGUGAUGGGGAAGAAGUGAGAAAGUCGUGCCGGAAAGGUGCCCAAAUAUCUUGAGGUAUUCUAUCACAACAAAUUCAAAACUG